AUGAGCGAAACGCCUUCAACCAGUUACUCAGUGAAUCAACCAAACUCCUCUGGGAGUGAACAGACUUUAUCUACACGCCAUUUCAAUGUCACUGAACCUGUUGUGGCCAAACGGAUCUGUUUCUACAAAAGUGGAGAUCCUCAGUUUAAUGGGAUUAAAAUGGUCGUUAAUAAUCGGUCUUACAAAACAUUUGAUGCCUUGCUUGAUAGUUUAUCCAAACGGGUCCCAUUACCUUUUGGGGUGAGGAAUAUUAGUACACCAAAAGGAAGACACAUCAUCACCAAUCUGGAGGAUCUUGAAGAUGGAAAAUCUUAUAUUUGUUCCCAUCAGAGGAAAAUGAAACCCAUCAACCUUGAACGGGCAAGGAAAAAGCCACUGCCUUGGCAGAUCAGCAGGCCUGUCAGUGCUCGUCGUCGAGCCGUGCAGUUAGCAAAGGAGAAUGAAGAUGGCUUUGGCCAGAGAGAAAGAAAAGUAACAACUCCUAAAAAGCUGCUUGUUUUCAAAAAUGGUGAUGUAAGACUCAGGCGCACCAUAGUUCUGGGAAAGAAAAAUACACAAACCUUUGAGGCCUUUCUGGAUUAUAUGAGUGAAUUAAUGCAGUAUCCAGUUGUGAAACUAUACACCACUGAUGGCAGAAAGGUUCCUAAUCUUCAGGCUCUGAUAUUGUGCUCUGGAGCUGUAGUCGCAGCGGGGAGAGAGCCUUUUAAACCAAGCAAUUAUGAUCCUCUUGGGUACUCACAGCCUGCUAAAUUGCUUGGAAUUGCAAAUCGGGUGUACCCAAAAGCAAAUGCCAAAUCGGAGAGUGAAAAUACUGGGAAAUGGAAGGUGUCAGUCGUCACCAGUGAUAUGCCAUCUGCAGGAACAAGCUCACAGGUUUAUAUUACAUUGUAUGGGGAUCACAGCAGUUCAGGGCCUAUUUUUCUUGAUGGAGAGGAAGGGAAGUUAUUUCAGAGAGGCAGUGAAGACAUCUUCACAAUUAAUACUGGAAACCUAGGAAAUCUCUACAAAAUACGCAUAGGACAUACAAAUGCAGGGAACUUCCCUGCGUGGCACUGUGACAAGGUGCAGUUACUGAACCUUUAUUCAGGGGAGCAGUUUUACUUCCCCGCACGUCGAUGGCUAGCCUGGGACCAAGGUGAUGGGGAAAUCUGUCUGGAGCUUCCUGUUUUACACCAGGGUCAGCCUAUUCUUCCAGUGACUGUCUAUGAAGUGCAUGUGACGACAGGAGAGCUGUGGAAUGCUGGAACUGAAGCUGAUGUCUAUAUUUCUAUCUAUGGAGAAAAAGGUGAUACAGGAUCAAGACAGCUGCUCAGGUCACCAAAACCCACAAAAUUUUUAAAAGGACAAACUGACAACUUUCCUGUUGAAGCUGUGCACCUUGGACACUUGUAUAAGAUUGUUAUUGGACACAAUGGUCUUGGAUCAGGAAAUGGCUGGUUUCUGGAGAAAGUUGUAAUCAAGGAUCCUAUCACAGAUCUGGCUUAUACUUUCCUUUGUCACAGAUGGCUGGACCAUGGGCAGGAUGAUGGCAAAAUUGCUAGAGAACUGACUGUGACAGAUGCCAGCCCAUUUUCUGGAAGACAAGAACUGGAACUCAGGAGAGAGGAAAGUUGGGCUGCUGAAAAGUGGAAGUUUCAAGAAGGCAACACACUUCAGUUCUACAGCAGGCUCACCCGUGGUUUCAUAUGCCUCAGUCCAGAUGGCAAAGUCGAUGCUCUUGGUGACAAGAAAAACAAAUAUGGUCUUUUUGAUGUAAUUGUCAAAAGGAGAAAUAUAUGUAUAUUCAGCAGUCACCAGAUGACACAUCUUGCUCUUGCUGUUGUCAAUGGCUGUGUAACUGGAAAGAGCAAAGGUGAGACUCACUGCGAGCUGUGUGUUCACCUUCAACCAAAUCGCUGUGCCAUUCUGGAGUCAGCCAGGAAUCCAGGUCAUAUUGUUACAUUCAGUCUUCAAGGCAAAGUAGCUGAUGAAACAACAGGAUAUGCUGGACUUUCCAAAGAAUUUGUUGUGCAUGUCAAGGGUGUGUUUCACCACGGUGCCAUCAUUCUGCUCAACACAAGCCUCUGCCAGGCUCUCUCCCUUAGGCCUGAUGGGAGCUGCAGCGGGGCAGGACGCCAGCAGCAGGAAGCCUAUUGGAAGGUGCAUAAAGUCAGCUCCAGAGUCUGCAUGUUUGAGAGUGUGAGAAACCCACAAAUGUAUCUGAAGAUAAAAGAUGGCCAGUGUAAUGGAAAAGGCACAGGUGAUGAAUACUGUCACUUUAAAAUUGAGCAUAAUUUGGAAAGUGGAUCUGUAAGUCUAGAAUCAGUGCGAAACAAAGGAAUCUAUGUUGGUCUUCUGCCGGAUGGCCAAGCUAAGCCAGUCGUUCACACUGGAGAGAGAAACAUUUUAUUCUAUCCACAGGUCAUCAAAUGUGGCCGUGAAGAGCCUAUGGGAACAUCUGCAGCACCCAACCGAAUGAAAAAAGAGUUCAGAGAAUCUGAACACCAACCAGCAAAUGAGCAAUCUGAACACCAAUCCGCCCAGAAGCCAGUGUCCCAAAGCCCUUUAACUUUUCCACCCACAAAGGAAAUGAGAAAUCCCCAAGGUGUUGAGUGUCCCCUUCCUUCAGAUGAUGAAUGGAAAGUGUCAAUGCUGACAGGAAAUUCAGGAACUCAAGUAAAUGUCACUCUCUGGAUAUAUGGAGACAGAGGAGUAGCUGGACCAAUAACUCUUGUCAAGGACAACAGAGAGCAGCUGUUUCUUUCCAGGCAGGAGGAUGAAUUUCAGAUUAAAAUAAAAAGCAUUGGGGAUAUCUACAAAAUAAGAAUUGAACACGAGGGGGCAAGUGAACAAUCAGAGUGGAACUUACAAAGGGUGACACUGCAACAUCUGAAGAGCAAGAAAAUACUGAAUUUUCCAGCAAACACAUGGUUGUCAAGGAUCUGUGAUAACAGAGAUCAUGUCUGUGAACUUCCAGUAGUGGAAGCUGGAAAACCUGUCUAUCCAAUUGUUUUAUACCAUGUUUAUGUCUACACUGGCCACUUGGAGCAAGCUGAUACAGAUUCUGCAGUUUACCUGUGUAUCUAUGGAAAAAGAGGAGAUACUGGUCUAAGACCUCUGCAUAAAUCUGAUACACCAGUGAAAUUUCAGAGAGGAAUGGUCAGUGCUUUUGAAGUGGGAGCUGUAUCUCUUGGAAAGCUGCAGAAGGUGCUGUUGCGCUGUGAGGCUAAUACUAGGUCCCAGUAUUGGUACUGUGAUAAAGUCAUUAUCAGAGAAGCUGAGAAGAACUUGGAAUAUGUUUUCAGUUGUGAAAGGUGGCUUCCAUUUAUGUCUCAAGGUAUAAUUCAUUCAGAAAUUGAGCUGUACCCUCAAGAAGGAGACUGGAAGAUUACUGUAGUCACCGGGGAUUUUGAAACAGCUGGAACAACAGCAACAGUGUCCCUUUGUGCUUAUGGAGAAAACAAAGCUUCUGGUCCUAUUAUUCUGGGGUCUGGGAAACACCAGCUGUUUAAUCCCAACAGUGCUGAUACAUUUAAGAUUAAUCUCAGGGAUCUUGGGCAGCUAUAUAAAAUUCGCAUUGGCCAUGACAACACUGGAGAUGAUCCUGGUUGGUACCUGGAGGAAGUCAGACUUCAAAGAGCAGUCCCUCUUUCUGAUCAGAUGUGUCUCCCUAUAGAGUGCUGGCUUGCAGAAGACAAGGAUGAUGGGGACACGUGGAGAGAAGUGGCAAUUAGAAACCCCACAAAGGAGCUUUUGUCAUUGUUGGUGUAUGAGAUCCACGUAUACACAGGCUCUAAACUUGGUGCUGAAACAGAUUCUAAUGUUUACAUCAAUCUUAUUGGAACGAGAGGAGAUGCUGGCAAGAGGAAGCUCCAUAGGUCUAAGAAUAAUAAUGUAAAGUUUCAACAUGGACAGAUGGAUAUUUUCUGCAUAAAGGCUGUCUCACUGGGAGACUUGGAGAAAGUUCUGAUUAGCCAUGAUGGAACUGGUCCAGGCAAUGGAUGGUUCCUGGAUAAGAUUGUCAUCAAACAUGAAGAAGGAGAGGAAGCUCAAGAGGUUGUAUUUCCUUGUAAUAGAUGGUUAGAUGAAUACCAAGAUGAUGGGAAAACUGAAAGAGAGCUAACUGCCAAAAAAUAUAGCAAUUCAAAGAAGGCAUUCUCCAAAGCACAACAGUGGAGAGUGCAGGUUCAAACAGAUGGAGAUUCCCCAGAGCCACAGGACUGUAAAAGAACCCUUGUGAUUUAUGGCUCAAAGGGCAAAAGUGAUGACCUUCUGCUUUCUCCACAAAACCGAGGAUAUGUAAGCUUUCUACCCAGAGCAACAGAUGCAUUCAUUGUUGAAACUGGAGAUGUGGGAGAUGUAUACAAGAUUCGGGUCAGCUGUGAUGAUAUGCCAGGCUUUGAGGGUUGGCAUUUGAAGUCUUUUCACAUACAAGAACUACAUACAAAACAAGAACUGAACUUUGACUGUAGCUGCUGGCUCUCUCGUACCAGAGAAGACAGGGAGCUGGUGAAAGAAUUCCCUGCAGUGAAUGAGGACAGGCAAACUUUACCAGUCUGUAAGUAUGUUGUCUCUGUACACACUGGUGACCGCUGGGGAGCGGAAACUUUUGCAAAUGUUUAUAUCACUCUCUAUGGCAAAAGAGGGGACACAGGUGUGAGGAAACUUCAUACAUCUUUAGUGAAAGGAAGAAAAUUUCAAAGGAACAAGGUGGAUUCAUUUCUCGUGGAGGCUGUUUCUCUGGGUCAUUUGCAAAAAGUGGUCAUACAACACGAUGGAGAAGGAUAUGGGGCUGGGAUGUACCUCAAGAUGAUAACAGUCAAGGAGUCUCAGGACUCAGACAAAGAAUGGGUAUUCCCAUGUUGGAACUGGCUUGAUACUCAUCUGGGGUUAUGUGCGACUGCUUGUGAGAUUUUGACAGUGGGUAAAAGAUUGAAUUCUAGUCCUAAACUGCCUGAAAUCAACAUGCAGUCAUCAGGUCUCUGGAUAAUGGACAUCACUGGAUCUGACUUGAACAAUGAAGUGGAUCCAAUACACCUCUCUUUUAUCUUCUAUGGAGACCUGAAUCACAAAAAGUUGCCACUUCAAAUAACAGGAAAAGCAAUUCAGAUCAAAGAUGAACUAGCAGAUAUUGGCUCAGUCUACAAAGUUCAAGUAACUGGCCCACACAGCAAGUUAAAACAGCCAUGGCACUUAGAUUUACUGCAUAUGAAGCACACAGGCACGAAUGAAGAGAUGUAUUUAGCUUUUGACUGCUGGUUUGACCCUAAUGAAGACAAAUGCGUCGAAUUGCCAGCUCUCUAUGCAGAUCAGGAGCCUUUGCCUGUUGUGGAAUAUUCAAUCCAUUUGCACACGGGAGACUUGAAGAAGGCAGAUGCCACUGGUGAGGCUUAUCUUUGUAUUCAAGGAGAAAGAAGUGACUCGGGGAAACGAUGGCUUAACUCAAGAAACAGCCUGAUCACUUUUGCUAGAGGGCAGGUGGAUGUUUUCAGAAUCAAAGCUGUAUACCUUGGCAAGUUGAACCAAGUUCUUGUUGGAUUUAAGAGUCCAAAGAAAGAUGACUGGUUCUUGGAAAAAAUUGUUAUAAAAGAAGUCAUUUACCCUUUCUCCACACACGUCUUUGUUCACAAUAGCUGGAUCAAUAAACGCUCUAAGAAAGAUUUUGUAGAAGUGGUAAUUCCACUCAAAGAAACAUCUGUGACGUCUCUUCUCACAAAAAAAUUUGACACUAACAGCCGAGGACGAUGGCAAACAUGGGUAGACUGUAUGCAUGUACCAGAAGAUAUUCCUGAUAUUCAAGUUGUGAUAUUUGGAAAAAAGGGGAAAUCCUCUGCGCAGAAAGUUCAGAAUCUGAACAAUAAACCCUUUCUGUUGACUGUUGGUGAUAUUGGAGAUAUAAUGAAAGUUUCCUUUUUGUUAUCUGGUCCAUGUUUGGGAAGAGGAAUUAAACUUCAGAAGCUUCGUCUGAAAGACCUGGACACUAAACAAGACUUGGGCUUUUGCACUGAGGCCCAGUGUCUAUUUGGAGAAGAUGGGUCGGAGACCGUGACAGAGCUAGCAGCAGUCAGACCAGAUAAGACACCACUCAGGGAAGUGCUUUAUUCAGUCAGUGUUUAUACGGGAACACUGCCUGCAUCAGGGACUGAUGCAGAUGUGUUUAUCACAGUAUUUGGAGAGCAAGGCGAUUCCUGCAAAAGGAGACUAAGGCACUCGAAUUUUGAAAGAGGACAGGUUAGUAUGUCUGAAUUGAGAGCAAUAGACCUUGGACUCUUAAGCCAGGUACUUGUUGAGCACAGUAAUGUGGGUUAUGGAGCUGGAUGGUAUCUGGACCAAAUUCUCAUCCAUGAAUCAGGCAAGACUGAUGGCCAGUAUGUGUUUUUAUGCCGGCAAUGGUUAGACAGCGGAGUUGGUGAUACACAGAUGGAACGAAUGCUGAGACUUCUUGGAAAAGUCAGGAAUGGGAUGUUGACAGGAAAGAUUCAUGGAACUUGGGAUGUACUUGUCACGACUAGUGAUGUUUCUUCUAGUUCCAUAAGUCCUAAAAUGUCUCUAACUGUAUGUGGUGAAAAAGGUACCUGUACUUCAGUCACAUUUCCCAAAGGAUCUCUUAAAAAAAAUCAGAUUUAUGAGACUUCAAUCGAACUAAAUAAGAAAUUCGAUACAAUAUGCAAAGUUCGCCUAGGAAUUGAAGAAGCUGGAGAAGGAGAAACUUGGCAUUGCCGUGAGGUAAAGCUUCAACACAGAGAAAGUAAAAAUAUUCUAGAAUUUCCCUUUUCUCACAACUUUGCAGAUGAUGAAGGAUUAACAGUGGCAGAGCUUCCAGUUCUCACAGCUGGUUUUCCUUUUCCAGCAGUGAAAAACUAUAUUCUCUAUAUCACUACGGGAGUAUCCCCUGGGUCAGGAACAGAUGCAGAUGUGUAUGUCAUGCUGCAAGGUCUUUUGGGAGAUACAGGCAGAAGAAAAUUAGUAAGAAAAGGAGAUGAUCAUUUCACUAAAGGAAAGGUAGAUGUUUUUCAAGUGGAAGCAGUAGAUGUUGGGACUCUGCAAUGGAUGGUUGUUGAAAAAGGGAAAGGCUCUGACUGGCUUCUGGAGAAGAUUAUUGUGAAAGAGCCAGCAACUGCAGGGACAGAAACAGUCUUUAUGGCUCAAACAUGGCUAAAAGACAAACGUGAUGGAAAAAGAUCUGCCUCAGUAACCCUGAAUGCCACAGAAAUUCAGGAGAGGAGGAGCACUGCUGCCCGGCCUUUAGGAAAAGAACAAAUGAAAUCAGAAGGCAGAUGGAGGAUUUAUUUCAUGAAACAUGAGGACGAAACAAAAAAAGACUUUGAAAAGUUGACAGAAAAUAUUUCCAAGUUGGUUAUGGUUUUUUAUGGAAGCAACGGCAAGUCAGAUCCGGUUUCCAUGGGAAACAAAGUGGAACAUCAGGCUAAAAACCAAGUAGCAUAUGACAUACAUUUACCAUCUGAUUUGGGAAUGCUUUAUAAAGUAAGACUUGGACUUCAGAGUUUGGAAAACAACAUAUCCCAGUUGUCUUUUCAUCACUUUAAAAUGCAGAACACAUCAACCCUGGAUACCUUUAGUCUCACUAUAAAUAAAACUCUUCCUCUUUCUCUUAAUGGAGACAGAUGGAUUGAAUUCCCUGUAGAGUGGCCAUUAAAAGAAGCACUUUCUGUGGUUACGUAUCAUAUAACAGUAUUUUCUAGAAAUAUUCUGGUGGAGAGAAAUGUAGUUCAUAUCACUGCAUGUAUAUAUGGCACUCAUGGUGACACAGGGGACAGAUCGCUUCUCUGGUCAUUGGAGAAUGUCCAGCAGGGAGAGGACAAUGAGUCAUUUGUAGUUGCUAUGGAUGCUGUUGAACUGGGAGAACUAGACAAAGUUGUUCUUUUAAUCAGCAGUAAAGCAGACUGCAAACUGGAUGUUAAAAAAUUGCAUUUAAAGGAAGCUCUAAAGGAUGAUCCUAUCUAUGUAUUUGAAGUGAAUGAAGCAUUUUCUGUGGAUGCAAAUAACCCUGAAAUACAGAAAGAAAUACCAGUAUCUUUUGUUAUUAAAGGAGACAAAAGGAAGAAUGGCAUAGAUAACAACUCACAUAAAGACGGAAGCCAAGCAGGAAAUCUGACAGAGUAUACUAUUAGAGUAUACACAGGUGACAAAAGGGGAGCAGGAACUGAUGCCAAUGUGCAUAUUAUUUUAUUUGGGAAUGAAGACAAAUCUGAGGUAUUUCAGCUCUCUCAGUCACUGGAGCAUCAAGAUCCUUUUGAAAGAGGAAAGGUUGAUACGUUCAAGAUUAUGACCAAAAAAAUAGGGAGCCUACAUUCAAUUGAAAUUGGUCAUGAUGGCAAAGGGUUUGCAAGUGGCUGGUUUCUGGAAAAAGUAGAAAUCACAGAUGCAUCUAAUUCAGUGUAUUGCUUUAACUGUAACAGGUGGCUUGCUGAAGAUGGAAGUGAUGGCUGCACUGUAGUGCAACUUUAUCCAUAGCUGCUUGUUUACUGAUUCUUUCUGAAUGUGUUGCUUCUCCAAAUUCAUGCUGAUUUGAUUUACUUGUAUUUUAUAAUUUUGAAGGUAUUGUAAUUAUUGUGAAGGAAUGUCAAAAUAAUGCAUUAAAGACAUCACAGUAAAUUAAA